AUGAGCUGUCACUAACUUUUUGUAGGACAUUUUUGAAACACAACAAUCAUGUCCUUAUAGCAUGACGUAAACACUGACACAAAAUUAAUGCCUCUACCAGAUUCAGAUGAUCACAAAUGACAAGUUCUUUCAGUCAAUCCCUCAUGCUCCCACUUAGCCUUCAAUUAUGAAGUGCCAUUGUGCUAGCUUAUUGAGCAUCAAAAUUUAUGCAACUAUUUUAAAUCGGGAAUGUCACAUUAAGAAUUCUUUUCUUUCUUUUCAGUGUGUUUGGACGCUUCGUAUUAAUUCCCUUUUUGGAGGGAAGAAGACGUCCGUAUGGACUUGAUGCCCAGCAAAGGGCCAAAAUUAACCGCGAGGAGGUUUUCAGUAGGGCAUCAAGUGCAAUAGGGAUGAUUGUUGGUGUCAGCCAGCAACUGGACCACAUUCUAAAGACAAGGACCCACGGAAUCGCUUCAAUCCUGGCUCAAUCCCUUCCUGAAUUAGACGACAGGUUUCUUAAAAAUUAUGGACUUUUAAUCAGCAUUGCUGAAAAAGUCAUUGAAAUGGCAGAAUUAGAGGGACUUGCUCCAGAACUGGCAACCACCUUCUUUAAAAAGAAGGUCUUUUCAAGUGUGAUGGAGUACCAAGUAGAUUUUACAAACUUGGAACUAGGCGCACCAGAAUCUGGGGAACCUCUUAUCCCCAAUCUCCUCAUGAAGUGUAUCACGGAAUACAAAAUACCAAUUCAACAGCUGUGUCAUUCUGGAUGAAGGCUAACACUGAACGGGGCAUGUACAGUGGGGUGGCUGUGACCUUAAAAUGGCUGCUGCCACUAAUAAAGCAAUUUGGUGGGACACACCCUCCAGAGGACAGGAUGCGUCAAGAAAUACGCACCCUGUCUAUUGGAGAUACCAGUGACAAGAAGCAGUAUUUCAAUAAGUUCACGAAUGGCACCACCAUCACAAGAGCUGCAGGAGGUGUUGAAGUAACCGCAAGAAGUUGUGUGCUUAUCAAAUAUGAAGCAUUUCAACCAGAAAGCAGGAGGGCUUUCAGAAAAGGUAUGAAUCACAUUAAAUCGACAUUGCUUGGCUAACUCAUGCAACCAUGUACAAUCAAUGUGUAAAAGUACAUGUAUAUGUGCUGAAGUUGUUACAAAUUAUGAGUUUUGUCAUGUAGCACAGUCCUCUCCUAGCAUAACGAUACACCCUAUAACAAUACAAUGAUAGGUUGUAGCAAUCUACAACCUCUUAACCCUCUAAACCAUGUGGUCAGCAUCAAAUUUGAUAUUUCAAUGACCU